AUGCUUCUCACAGGCUUCCUUCAGAGAUCAUUCAUCGUCUUGACAGUCUUAACCCUUAUCACUCUUCCCUCGGGUCUGUUUGCAUCUUCCCCGCAGCAUUGCGGGCUUUAUUUUAACGGCUUCAGCCCCGUCAAGGACAAAUAUGCCGUCUGUGAGAACUACUCGGGCGUAGAGUAUCAAUGCCCCAAUCAAAACUGCAACCUGCGACAUGUCAAUUGGCCGGACUUCAAGUUCCUACGCUGCAGUGAAUAUUCGAAUGGGCCUGAUAGUCCCCUUACCGGCUACGUUAUCCCCUGGGUGUUUGUAUCAAUAAUGAGAGCUUACAAAGAUCAGGAGUAUGUUGACGUCAAGGCUUAUAGCCAUGAUACGUGGUACAAGUGUACUUGGUACCAUACGGACAACUACAACAAAUGGAAGCCUUUCUGCACCGGUUGCGAGCCUACUAAUUCGAUUCACAGGCCAUAA